AUGUCUCUGUUUCGUUUCUCUUUAGUUUUAUUUUUUUCUGCUCCCGGCUGUCAUCAUUUUUUCAUGCCCGUAUAUUCCAGACAGAUCCAUUGCCCCAUCCGGGCCACCCCCAUCCCAUCGUGGGCCAUAUCCACCAAUCCUACCCAUGAUAGUCGCCCCUCGGCAUAUGCAGACACCUUGCCCGGUUGUUUUAUUUGCCUUCGAGACUUUGCCGUUUGUAUCAGCCCUUUUUUUUUUUUUUUUCUCUCUCUCUCCCAUUAUUCUUUUCAGCAAAAAUCUGUUUUCCCUGCUUUUUCCUUGGCCAAUGACUCCAUGCAUCACCCUCCCACAUGGUCCCUCUGUUUCCACCCCUCAAUAUCCACACCCUCAACCAUUACCAUGACAUUCGGUUUUCGUCGUCGUUGGAUAUCAUUCCCACCCCGCGAGCAACAGCCAUGA